CUUGUCAGUGUCACUUUGACAAGUCCAAUUGUCAAAGUUGUUUUUGCUGCAUUUUUGGUGCAGUGCCCGAAAACCGGGUUAAAAAUGCUUCAAUAAUCAAAAGCGAACACCUCCCACGUAACAAUGCAUAAAUAACACCUCACAAGACUGAUUAAUCCAAAAUGCCGGAAAACCUCGAACUCCAACAACUGGUCGACGACGAGACCGAGCCCGGCGUCAAGAUCCACCCUCGCAGCAAGCUGUGCAAGUGCCCCUAUUUGGGCCUGAUUUUGGCCACUUUAAGCUCUCUGUUCUUCUCACUUUGCUCUGUGAUUGUGAAAUGGAUGACGGACGUGGACCCCAUGGCCCUCGCCGCCUAUCGCUACCUCGGGGUGCUGCUCCCCGCCAUCCCCAUAGUGAUCUACCGGCAGGAGCCCCUUUUCCCGCAAGGCAAGCGCAUAAUGCUCCUGUUGCGGUCUUUCACAGGCACCGCCGCCCUGAUGCUGAGCUUCUACGCCUUCAGGCACAUGCCGUUGGCCGACGCCUCCGUGAUCGUCUUCUCCGUGCCUGUCUUCACCGGGAUCUUCGCCCGCAUGUUCCUCAAGGAACCGUGCGGCCUCUUUAGCGUGUUCUCCGUUGUUUUGACUCUGAUCGGUGUGGUGCUGAUUACGCGACCGCCAAGUUUGUUCGGUGAUACGGUGAAUUCGCUGGGGGAGUCGGGGCAAAAGACCGAGAUCUGGGGGGCUGUGGCCGCCUUUUCGGCUACGCUGUUCGGGGCCAACGCCUACGUGCUGCUGCGGGCGCUCAAAGGCAUCCACUUCUCGGUGAUUAUGACGAAUUUUGGCUCGUUUGCGCUUUGUCAAUGUCUCUUGGUGACGUUUCUGAUUGGGGCCCUGUGUGUGCCCCCAUGCGGUCUCGACCGGUAUUUGAUCGUAGCCUUGGCGUUUUUCAGCUUUUUGGGGCAGAUUUUGCUCACGCUAGCGCUCCAGUUGGAGCAGGCGGGGCCUGUGGCUAUUGCGCGAAGUAGUGAUAUUGUGUUUGCGUUUAUUUGGCAAGUUUUAUUUUUCAAUGAGAUACCGAAUCGGUUCUCGAUAGGCGGCGCUGUUCUGGUGAUGAGUUCGGUCGUUUUGACCGGAAUGCGAAAGUGGAUACUUGCCUUGCCGCCGGAGGCGAAUCUCAGAAGGAAUCUUUCGUUUCUAGUCAAGUAGUUUUCGCGCCAAAAAUUUUUUUUGUGAUAUUUUUAACAGUAUUAUUUUCGAUAUGAGACGGCACGGUUUUCUCUCAAUGAAUUCAUAUUGCCUUCUAUCAACUCGAAAUGGAAAAAGUGUGCCGUUUGUUUAUUUAUUUCUCGAUCAUUCUGUAUAUAUUAGCACAAGCUUUCGCCAAAAGCCACUAACACAAUUUUGAUGUCGUAGCAGCUCAAAUAUCUUCCCAGAACGUAAUGUACCGGGGGUUUACAAGAAUUCCACCACGUUUUGUAUUUUUUUUGCAAAUUUUAUAUCCUAACGUCUAAGAUUUUCAGUGUUCGGUUCUUUAAGUCAUUAAAACAGGUGAACAAAAGUAUGGAACCAACUUUAUUUUGUUUAAACUACAUAGUUUUGAAAACAAGUAAGUUAAUGAACGAUAAAGUAUUGUAGAAAUGUGAUAAUUUUUUUAGAAUUAAAUUCAUAUUUUGUUGUUUUUUUCUUCUCAUUUUUUUAAAUAGCAGAUAAAAACUGAAUUUUUGUCGAAAAAAAUUUCCAAGGUAAGUAGGUACACAUUUAUUGUUUUUUAUAUAUUUUUUUCUAUUAUGUUAUUUUUUGAUAACUUACAACACUACAUUCUACUGUGAUAUUUCUAGUUUUUUAUUUGCACAUUGAUUUAGACAAUACACAUUUUUAUCUUUAUUGAAAGUAUGAAAAAAAUCAAAAAAAUAAUGCAAAAAAAUCAAGAGAAGAAGAAAGUAUAAUAAAAAAGUUAUAAAAAAAGUUCUUGAAAGGAUUGCACAUCUUCCUUUGUUUUAUAAGAAGUGUUAGUUUUCUGUUAUUUUUUUAUGUUUUGUUAACAUAUUAAAUGUUUUCAAACUAAUUUUACAAGAAAUUAUAAAAAAGUAAUUACAGCUUAUAAAAUUACUCAAAAUUAGGAACAAAAAGAUAACGCCUUUUAUGUUUAAUUGUCAAUAUUUUUUUUAUUUUGUUUUCUUUCUUAUUACUAGAAAGAUACAAAGAUGUGUACUAUCCACAACAGCAAAAAAAAUUAGUAGCUUAAAAAAUGAUAAUGACGUUACCCAUAUUCACUUUUUGUAUUUUUCAAAAGUCUUUUUAUUUCUGAUUACAACUAUGUAUCAUAUGAUAUGAUCGAAGCUUACAUGCUGAUCAAAAUGGAGAAAAAAGCAUUUUUACAAAGAGUGCUUUGGAAAAAUGCCUACAAUUUUAUUCUUAAACAAACUAGAUUUUAGAGGUUUAAUUGAAUUUUUAUCUUUAUUGCAAGUAUGAAAAAAAUCAAAAAAAUAAAGCAAAAAAUCAAGAGAAGAAGAAAGUAAAAUAAAAAAGUUAUAAAAAAAGUUCUUGAAAGGAUUGCACAUCUUGCUUUGUUUUAUAAAAAGUGUUAGUUUUCUGUUAUUUUUUAUGUUUUGUUAACCUAUUAAAUGUUUUCAAACUAAUUUUACAAGAAAUUAUAAAAAGUAAUUACAGCUUAUAAAAUUACUCAAAAUUAAGAACAAAAAGAUAACGCCUUUUAUGUUUAAUUGUCAAUAUUUUUUUUAUUUUGUUUUCUUUCUUAUUACUAGAAAUGUACAAAGAUGUGUACUAUCCACAACAGCAAAAAAAAUUAGUAGCUUAAAAAAUGAUAAUGACGUUACCCAUAUUCACUUUUUGUAUUUUUCAAAAGUCUUUUUAUUUCUGAUUACAACUAUGUAUCAUAUGAUAUGAUCGAAGCUUACAUGCUGAUCAAAAUGGAGAAAAAAGCAUUUUUACAAAGAGUGCUUUGGAAAAAUGCCUACAAUUUUAUUCUUAAACAAACUAGAUUUUAGAGGUUUAAUUGAAUUUUAAUCUUUAUUGCAAGUAUGAAAAAAAUCAAAAAAAUAAAGCAAAAAAAUCAAGAGAAGAAGAAAGUAUAAUAAAAAAGUUAUAAAAAAGUUCUUGAAAGGAUUGCACAUCUUCCUUUGUUUUAUAAGAAGUGUUAGUUUUCUGUUAUUUUUUUAUGUUUUGUUAACAUAUUAAAUGUUUUUAAACUAAUUUUACAAGAAAUUAUAAAAAAGUAAUUACAGCUUAUAAAAUUACUCAAAAUUAAGAACAAAAAGAUAACGCCUUUUAUGUUUAAUUGUCAAUAUUUUUUUAAUUUUGUUUUCUUUCUUAUUACUAGAGAGAUACAAAGAAGUGUAUUAUCCACAACAGCAAAAAAAAUUAGUAGGUUAAAAAAUGAUAGUGACGUUACAACUCAAAAAAAUGACUAAGACAAAGAUAUUAAUUUUAUGCGUUACUUUUGGUUCAGUUUGUAUAUUCUUACAUUUUUAUUACGUCUUUAUACUUACAUUUUGUGACACUCUUGGGUUUGAUAAUUAGGUUCUUAUUUUUUUCUACUUCUUGCCUAAUUUCCAUAUUGUUACUCUUUUAUGAUUAUUUUUACCUCCUUUUGUUUUACUUAACUUGUAUUUAAUUUGUAAUUUGUUAAUUUCCGUACGUUACAAUUUCUUUAUUUAACUUUUAUCGUUAGUUUUUCAUUUUCCUGAAUUAUUUUUUAUACUUUUAUAGACUUGUUAUCCCCAUACGUUCACGUCCAUUUUUUUAACAAUCUUAAAUUCUUAUUUCUUUAUGUUAAAGGUUUUUUCUGCAAUAAUUUUACGUAAUUAGUUGUUGUGAGAUUUUACGUUCGUAUCAGCCUGAUUUUCACGUUUCUUUAAACAUUUUUAUAUUAUUUGCUUCUGGAUUGUUUUUUAUUUGUUCACACUAUUAUGUUUUAUUAUUUAAUUACCUUAUUUGACUUUACUACGUGACUUCUGCAUACAUAAAAAAUUACACCUUUUCCAAUUGUGGUUCCGAAAGUAUCAAAUGUAUCUCUGAAAUACCAUUUACUAUUAUGAUUAUUAUUAUGACGAAUGGAAAAGGUGAGGUUAAAAGUUGUGGGUUUUUAAAGUUUGUUAUUAGUUUUCUGUUCAAAAAAAUGAUAACAGAAAUGGUGCGAUCACUCGUCAUUUAUUUUAAACACUGAAAAGAACUGACAUUCACACGCAUCUCUUUUUCUUUUUGUCGGCAGAUGGCGUCUUGUUUUUGGCAUGUUUAGUGUGUUUUUUUAUUUUUAUUUUUAUUAAAUGAUAAUUUAUUAUGUUUAAUUGUAAAAGUUUUUUUAUUUUAUUAAUUUUUUUUUCUUUCAUAUUACCAGAAUGAUAAAAAGAUGUGUACCUACUAUCCACAACUGCAAAAAAAGUUUAGUUGUUUGAAAAAAUUAACAAUGACGUUACAACUCAAAAACAAAUGAUAUUAUUUAUAAACGUCACUAUAAUGUUAAACCGUAGCAUUUAAAUAAAUAAAACCGACCUGUUUGGAGAUUUAUUGACAAAUGACUAAGACAAAGAUAUGAAUUUUGUGCGUUACUUUUGGUUCAGUCUGUAUAUUGUUACAUUUUUAUUACGUCUUCAUAUUUACAUUUUGUGAUACUCUUCUCAUUUUUUUUCAACUUCUUGUCUAAUUUUCCUAUUUUUACUCUCUUAUGAUUAUUUUUACAUUUUUUUUGUUACUUAAUUUGUAAUUUGUUAAUUUCCAUACGUUACAAUUUUUUUAUUGAACUUUUAUAUUUAGUUUUUUUUACUUUUCUGAAUUAUUUUUUAUACUUUUAUAGACUUGUUAUCCCCAUACGUUCACGUCCAUUUUUUUUAGCAAUCUUAAGUUCAUAUUCCUUUAUGUUAAAGGUUUUUUUGCUAUAUUUUUUUUAUUUUUAUCUAAUUAGUUGUGAGAUUUUACGUUCGUAUCAGCCUGAUUUUCACGUUUAUUUAAACAUUUUUAUAUUAUUUACUUUUGGAUUGUUUUUUAUUUGUUCACACUAUUAUGUUUUAUUAUUUUUUACCUUAUUUUAUUUUAUUAUGUUACUUCAACGUAAAUAACUACACCUUUUCCAAUUGUGGUUCAGAAAAUAUCAAAUGAAUUUCAAAUGAAAAGUUGUGGGAUUUUAAAGCUUCUUCGUUAUUAGGUUUAUGUUCAAAAAAACAGAAAUGGUGCGAUCACUCGUCAUUUAUUGUAAACACUGAAAAGAACUGACAUUCGCACGCAUCUCUUUUUCUAUUCGUCGGCAGAUGGCGCCGUGUUGUUUUUUUGCAUAUUUAAGACAUUUUUUAUUUUUAUUAAUUGUUAAUUUAUUCCACUAAAAAUCCAGUCGUAUGUUUUGAUUUUUAAUUUUUUUAAGCCCCCGGUACUGUUAGAUAUUUUUUACAAUUGUGAUAACGUUUGUUUUUGGAUGUUGACAGUCUUUGACUGUGCGCUGGACCAAUUUGAUAUUGGACGUACAAUUGUUAAUUAAUUAAUUUCCGAUGAGUUAAUAAAACUGUAUGAAGUAA